CUAACGGAUACUUCCUGUUUACAAAUGACGUAACAACUGCAACCAUGUGGCCCCGCCCCAUUCAUUCACGGCAAAAUGGCGACAGAGAACUGUGAUGCUGUGAACAUGGACCCUGACACGGACCUCCUUAGUGACGAAGAAUUAGAAAGGGAAGCAGAGGGCUACAAAGAACAAGGGAAUGCCUUUUAUAUCAAGAAGGAUUAUGCAGAAGCAUUCAGUUAUUACACCAAGGCCAUUGAAAUGUGUCCAAAAACUGCAAGUUACUAUGGAAACCGGGCAGCCACGCUAAUGAUGUUGUAUCGGUAUAGAGAGGCUUUGGAGGAUUCACAGCAGGCAGUAAGACUAGAUAGCACCUUUCUGAAGGGCCAUCUACGAGAGGGCAAGUGCCACCUGUUACUGGGCAAUGCCAUGGCUGCCAAUCGCUGUUUUCAAAAAGUUCUGGAGCUUGAGCCAGAAAACAGCCAGGUCCAGCAGGAGGUGAGAAAUGCAGAUUCUAUCCUUGAAUAUGAGCGAAUGGCAGAGAUUGGCUUUGAGAAGCGCGACUACAGAAUGGUUGUCUUUUGCAUGGACCGUGCCUUGGAGUCUGCUACUGCCUGUCAUAGGUUCAAAAUACUAAAGGCUGAGUGUUUAGCUCUCCUGGGACGUUACCCCGAGGCUCAGGCUGUAGCCAGUGAUAUUUUGCGGAUGGAUUCCACUAAUGCAGAUGCGCUGUACGUGCGUGGUCUUUGUCUAUACUAUGAGGACUGUAUUGACAAGGCAGUCCAGUUCUUUGUUCAGGCUUUGCGUAUGGCUCCUGACCAUGACAAAGCUCGACUUGCGUGCAGAAAUGCCAAAGCACUAAAAGCCAAAAAGGAGGAGGGAAACAAAGCUUUCAAGGAGGGAAACUUCGAGGCAGCCUACGAGCUCUACUCUGAGGCACUAACAAUAGAUCCCAAUAACAUCAAGACCAAUGCAAAGCUCUACUGUAAUAGAGCCACUGUUGGAUCUAAGCUGAAGAAACUAGACCAGGGCAUUGAAGAUUGCACGAAGGCCAUUAAAUUGGAUGAAACCUACAUCAAGGCCUAUUUACGGAGAGCACAGUGCUAUAUGGACACAGAACAGUAUGAAGAGGCAGUACGAGACUAUGAGAAAGUUUACCAAACGGAGAAAACUAAAGAACACAAGCACCUUUUGAAAAAUGCCCAGUUGGAGUUGAAGAAAAGCAAGCGGAAAGAUUACUACAAGGUACUGGGAGUGGAUAAGAGUGCCACCGAAGAUGAGAUCAAGAAAGCCUAUCGAAAACGGGCGCUUUUACAUCACCCAGACCGACACAGUGGAGCUAGCCCUGAAGUGCAGAAAGAAGAAGAGAAGAAGUUCAAGGAGGUGGGUGAAGCUUUCAGCGUGCUCUCGGACCCAAAGAAAAAGUCUCGCUAUGACAGUGGUCAAGAUCUGGAGGAUGAAGGCAUGAACAUGGGAGAUUUUGAUGCCAACAACAUUUUCAAGGCAUUCUUCGGAGGCCCAGGGGGGUUUAGUUUUGAAGCAUCUGGACCAGGAAAUUUCUUCUUCCAGUUUGGUUAAUUUGAUGCUUUAUCUACCCAACUGUUACAUCAGGACUUUACAAAAACGUCCACCCCUAACUCACAUCCAUAUUUAAGGACUGACUGAAUUACAAGUGAGAUUCUUGUCUAUGCCAUUUACUGAACGAAUGCAACCCUAUGACCACAUGCAGCAAAAGGUUUAAUACCCGUCUAAGAAGAACACCAGGAUGUCUCAGGCUAAUUUGGUCUUCAGUAAUGCAGCUAUGGUGGUAGCUUUUAGAGAGAAGUGACAUUUUGGCGAAAUCCUGAGAUGCUGACCACUGAGCGAACUAUUAUCAAGCUAGUCUCAGUUUACUGCUGAGGGCGUAUUCUCUGCAUGAAAGUUAAUACCUUGCUCAAUGAUUUCUGGAGGUAAUCACUGAGCAAGCAGCACCUCAGCAGCUGGCCGCUACAAAUUUGCACUGAAAACUGCCUCCUUGUCAUGAAUCAAAAGGAAGACCCCCCCCCCCCCCCCUUUUUUUUUUUUUUUUUUUUUAUAAGCGCUGGAGCCUAGACCCACACACAGUACAGUAAAGCACACUAGAAGGAUGAUAGUGGAGAUUAUUGUGUUGGCUUUUUCACCAGCAUAGUCCCCCUCUGUGUCGUCGUCACAGGUUAUAUGUUUGACGUUGCCAUUCACAGAUUGCUGCAUUGUACACUUUAUUGGAAUGUAAGUGUUGGUUUGUGAUGAUGGUAGAUUAUUUUCUCUUUUUUUGUAUAUUUAUUGUACAUUUUCUCUCAUGAAACAUCUGUGUAAGAUGAGGACACUUUUCUAUUAUGUAAAAGUUAAGCCAAUUAUUAUCCUAUUGACAUAAUUUUGGAAGUAGAACUGUUUUGCUUGGUCUGCAUGACAAAAUGCACAGAAAUAAAUUCAGCUCAUUGUGGUUUGGACUGUGAUACAAAUGGUCUAAUUUUAAUAAGCAUUAGAAUAGAACAAACAACUCUUUGUGCUUUCUCUUGUCUAAGGAGGUCCGGCAUUGUGUGAUGGGGAUUCAUAGUAAUGUUUACUCGCUUGAUAAACUGCAUGAAGAAAAGUAUUCUCAUCUUUGCUAUCAUUGUUUUUUGGCCUUUUGGUGAAACCAUCUUCUCUUCACCCUUGAAAAGUACUAGCUGUGUUAAUAAAGUUGGCCUCUUCUGGGUUUCCCCUUAA